GCGAAGAAAUGACAAAUGAGAUAGCCUUUCUUUUCGCUUCCACACAAAAUCUUCCCUUCAAGCUUUCACUCGAUUUCAGUAUCAUCGUCUCUGAUUCAAGAAAAGCUCAAGCCCCAAAUUGCAAUCCACCAGCCAUGGCCGCCGUGAUCAUGGCUUCCUCCAAACCCAUCAUUCCACUCUCUUCUUCUCUCCCCACCACCACAAGACCCAGACUUCAAAUCCCCCAACUCUCCCUCCCUAUUAAAAUCCUCCCUAAAAUCACUAAAACCCAACUCGCACGCCUCUCCUCUUCCACCCUCAAAUCCCUCUCCCUCCUUGCAGCCACCUCCUUCACCUUCGCACCGCCCUCUCUCGCCGAAGAAAUAGAGAAAGCUGCUCUCUUUGACUUCGACUUGACUCUCCCAAUCAUGAUGGUCCAGUUCUUGAUCCUCAUGGUAACACUCGACAAGCUCUACUUCUCUCCUCUUGGUAAAUUCAUGGACGAGAGAGACGCGGCGAUCAAGGAGAAGCUGGGGAGCGUGAAGGACACAUCAACAGAGGUGAAGCAGCUGGAGGAGCAGGCAGCGGCGGUUAUGCGGGCUGCAAGGGCGGAGAUAUCAGCAGCGCUUAACAAAAUGAAAAAUGAGACGCAGGCUGAGUUGGAGGAAAAGCUGGCUGCUGAAAAGAAGAAAAUAGAGGCAGAAUUGCAAGAGGCAUUGGGCAAUUUGGAGAAGCAGAGGGAGGAAACUAUCAAAUCACUGGAUUCCCAGAUUUCUGCUCUCAGUGACGAAAUUGUGAAGAAGGUCCUUCCUGCUCAAUAAAUCCAUCUUUCUCUUUAUCUCCGAAACCUUAAAUUACUUAUAUUUUUUUAAUAUAUAAGCAUUGACAGUUAAUGUAAUCAUCCUAUUGAAAGAAUUUCUUUUCUUUUCUUUUAA